UCUUCAAACUCCCCUGAUCAAAUAAACCCCGUCCCGAAUAAGGCACCCGCAGAAAGGAGGGAGCGCGCGCGCGAAUAACUUCCUCGGCGGGCGCGCGCUCUCGCUCUCCCUUCUCCCGGGAGCAGGAUCUCUCGCGCUCGCCUUGCAACCCCUCCCUCGCGCGCCGCCUCUCCUCCCUCGGCCCGGGCCCACUUCAGGACGCCUCCCGGGGGGCCGCUGCUUCAGAGCGAGCGUUCGCUUUAAGACUAAUGCUAAAAGUCCCUCCAAUAAACAACAGCCGUCGCCACACCGCCUGGGCUUUCCAAUGCUGCGGUGACGGGGCAGCGGCAACCUCAACUCUGCCCUUCACGUCCUGAGAGACUCCGGGUGGCAUUGCGGGACGUUGGACCGAGCGAGGCCAAAUCUACCCCUUCUGCCUUCACCGCAUUUUCACUGGGCAAAGCGGAUGCCCGGCGGUGCUCCUGUUACUCAGAUCCGCUUCGCACCUCGAGAUCCAGCCAAGGGGUGAAAGAGAAACUUGGUCUCUGCUUCCAGCCGUCUCAGCCGCACCAAAAGCAGCAUGAAAUCGGCCGAGGAAGAACAUUAUAAUUAUGCAUCUUCAAAUAUAAAUUCAACUUUGCCUCUGAAUGUGGCACAUUCUUCACUGCCAACUCCAUGUCACAGCCUUCAGACAUCUAUUCCAGUCAUUCCAAGUGUCUCAUCAACUAAUCAUCCUUCAGGGUAUGGAGGGCAUGCUGACAAUAGCACUGCUGGAUAUUAUCUGCCUCCAAGUGUCAGACCUAAUGGAGUGCCAGCAUUAGAAAGUCCUAGAAUUGAAAUAACCUCUUACUUAGGACUGCAUCAAAACAACAACCAGUUCUUCCAUGAAGCUGAGGUUGAUGAACCCAUCCAAAACACAAAGAGAUCGCCUUCUACCGCUACAUUGAAUUUACCAAACAUUGAGGCUUACAGGGACCCAUCUUGUCUGAGCCCAGCCAGUAGCCUAUCUUCCAGAAGUUGCAAUUCAGAAGCAUCUUCCUAUGAAUCAAAUUAUUCCUAUCCUUAUACUUCACCGCAGACAUCUCCUUGGCAAUCGCCCUGUGUAUCACCCAAGACCACUGAAACUGAGGAGAGGUAUCAACGAAAUUUGGUUGCCUGCACACUCCUUAAUUCACCCCGACAUUCUCCUUCCACAUCUCCCAGAACAAGCAUUACUGAAGAAAACUGGCUGAGCACUCGCAACUCUAGACCAUCGUCUCCCUGUAACAAGAGAAAAUACAGUUUGAAUGGCAGACAGACAUCCUACUCACCACAUCACUCCCCAACCCCUUCUCCCCAGAAUUCUCCAAGGGUUAGUGUGACUGAUGAGACAUGGUUGGGAAACACUAACCAAUAUACCAGUUCAGCCAUUGUUGCAGCAAUCAACGCCCUCACUACUGACAGCACAAUAGAUAUGAAUGAUGGGAUUCCUAUCAAGUCCAGGAAAACUGCAAUAGAUCACUCUCCCUCCAUGACACUCAAGACUGAACCUACUGGAGAUGAUCAGGGGACCAUAUCACCAAUCACUGAUUUAUCACCAGAAGAGUUUCCUGGGUUCCAGCACAUCAGAAAAGGAAGUUUCUGUGAUCAGUAUCUUUCAGUUCCACAGCAUCCCUAUCAGUGGGCCAAAUCAAAGCCUUUGUCCCCAACAUCAUACAUGAGUCCAUCCCUGCCUGCCUUGGAUUGGCAGUUGCCAUCUCACUCAGGACCUUAUGAACUUCGGAUUGAAGUGCAGCCGAAGUCCCAUCACCGAGCCCAUUAUGAGACGGAAGGGAGUCGAGGGGCUGUCAAGGCGUCUGCUGGGGGACAUCCAGUGGUACAGCUACAUGGUUAUUUAGAAAGUGAACCACUCACACUACAGCUGUUCAUUGGGACUGCGGAUGACCGCCUGCUGAGGCCCCAUGCCUUCUACCAGGUUCAUCGGAUCACCGGGAAGACUGUUUCCACAACCAGCCAUGAAACAAUACUUUCCAACACCAAAGUCUUGGAAAUUCCACUUUUACCUGAAAACAACAUGAGAGCAAUCAUUGACUGUGCUGGAAUAUUGAAACUUAGAAAUUCAGACAUUGAACUGAGAAAAGGUGAAACUGACAUUGGGAGGAAAAAUACUCGAGUUCGGCUGGUCUUCCGUGUUCAUAUCCCUCAACCUAAUGGGAGAACCCUUUCUUUGCAAGUGUCUUCCAACCCUAUUGAAUGUUCCCAAAGAUCUGCUCAGGAACUGCCUUUGGUAGAGAAGCAGAGUGUUGAUAGCUACCAUGUGAUGGGUGGGAAGAAAAUGAUUCUGAGUGGACACAACUUUCUUCAAGACUCCAAAGUCAUAUUUGUGGAGAAGGCUCCAGAUGGUCAUCACGUGUGGGAAAUGGAAGCCAAAACUGACAAAGAGUUGUGUAAGCCAACUCUGUUAGUUGUUGAGAUUCCACCGUUCCGCAAUCAGAGAAUUACAAGUCCUGUCCAAGUCAAUUUCUACGUCUGCAACGGAAAAAGAAAGAGGAGCCAGUACCAGCUUUUCACCUAUCUUCCUGCUAAUGUUCCAAUUAUAAAAGCAGAACCCACUGAUGAUUAUGAGUCUGCUCAAACCUGUGGACCAAGGAGCCAUGGAUUAAGCCCUCUCUCCAAACCAUAUUACAGCCAGCAGAUCAUGAUGCCUCCUGAUCCUGGCUCGUGCCUUGUAGCUGGCUUCACCUCCUGUCAGCAGAGAAACACUGUGAUGUCAUCGUCUCCCAGCUCUAGUCCUAAGCUGCAUGAUCUUUCCUCUCCUGCUUACAAGUGCAUCACCAACCCAGGCCAUAAUCAUCUAGGACUUCAGCAGACGGUUGGAGGUGUCCCCACCAUACAGGAAGUGCCAAGGUCUAUUGUUGUGCACCCAAGCUCUCCUGAUCAGUCAUCUCACAUCAUGCUGCAGCCGCAGGUGAGUCAACAUCUGAGCAGUACCUGUUCCCUUGGUUAUCAACAAACACUCUAUCCCAACAGUCCCUCCUCUCCAGUUCCAUCUGUAACCCAAGAGUCAACCUAUUUGCAGUCCUGCAGUCCAACUCACUCAACUGUAAUGGGCCAACAGCAGCUGCCGAAUGUUCAAAGAAAUGAAACUCCAGCAAAUCAGCCACUGUCGUUGACCGAGUUGCAUGAGGACAAUAAUCAUAAUUUGGCCCCUAUACCUGUAACGAUCAAGCAAGAAUUGGACCAGUUAUACCUGGACGAUGUAAAUGAGAUAAUACGGAAUGAUCUCUCCAGCACCAGUGUCCACUCAUAACAGGCCAUCCAGAAGCUUAGCUGAGAUAUCCACAUCAGAUAAUUGGAAGAUGAUCCCUGGUACCAUUCUAGUCUUCCAUUUCGUUGAAUGUUUGAAGCAGACAAUUACCUCUUCUCUUUGUCUAUGCAUAAGUAUAAAGAAGCUGGUUGGCUUCAACUAAGAAAUGCCUCCUUUCAAAAAUCAUCUCAAGGACAGUGGAGGAAAUGAAUAUAAUAUUGUGUGUUUUAUGGUUAAAAUAAGAAAUGUGAUAAAACCAAUAACCGGUCUCAGAAACUGAUUUUGUUUUCUUUUGGGCUCUACUGGACAAUAACCCUGGAAGUGCCUUAUUUUGUUAGUUUGUGGCAUCAGGGAAUUGCAUCGGCAGUGUUGAAUCUGUUGCCAUCCAAAGUAUUUCUAGGCACAGAAACUGUCAAUUGGUAGGGAUAGAAGAACCCUACUGAGAGUAAAAUAAUGUGUCUCAAUUCCAGGAUUUUUCCCUUGAACUGUAUUUGACAUCCUGCUGCCUUAUUUUUGGUGCAUUUUUAAACCAAAUUCUCAUCUCAGCUGUAAAUUUUUCAGCCUGUCACAUUUCUUUGCUUAUGUAUUGUAGAACAGUUAGUAAAUAUUAGUUUGUGAAUAUUUUGACUUCUGUUUGGUUUCAGCAUAGCACAAGGAAACUAAACAGCACAAAAUAUUAAGGUUGAUGGACAAAAACAUUGAAGAAAUCUAACUUUUGUUCAACUGAUUUAUGUAUAUGCAUGUUGUGACCUAGCAUAUACGCAUGCAUAUAUAUAUUGUGGUGUGUGUGUGUGUGUACACACAUACACAAACAUAAUAAGUUUAGUAUGUUUAGUUGCCUUUUGAAGGUUUUGAAUUUAGCAAUAAUUUCUGCUUCUGAGAAUGCAGUCCAGAUCCCAAGAAAUGCCAUUUCUGUGUUGUGUUGUGGAGUUGUUUUGUUUCAGGCAAUUAUGAUUUUUUCUCUCUCAUGCUGAUAAGCAAGCACUUUAAACAGUGAAGAAGGAUGUGUAUGAAAUAUGUAUUAAUUCCCAAAUGACAAAGAAUGAGUUAAAGUAAUUGUAAAUACCGCUACUGAAGAAUGUAAAAUAUUUAUUCAGCUAUAAGUUUAUUAUUCCACUGAAGCCUUAUAACUCUCUGCUAAAUGUACAACAAAUAUUACCAAAACCAAAUGUUUUAAUAUGCAACCCUGUAUAUUAUGAUUUCAGAAUACAGUAGUUUCAUGUUAAUAGAUACAUAUAAACUUAAGUAAGUACUGUAGCAUUUAACAUUGUAUUUUGUACAACCAUGUUACCAUGUAGUUAGUAAUGGUAUAUUAUUUCACAUAAACAGAAAGAAAGCAUGGCUUCAUUUUUAAAGCAUUUAACAUUAAUAUUGUGCCUUAGGAAAUAUGUGUGACCUAUGCCACAGUAAUGCAAGUGGCAACUAAGUGCAGUGUACAGUUAAUGGAAACUCAACCGGUUUCACAAAAAAGUGAAACAGUCCUGACUAUUUAGAAAUAUUACUCAGUACAAUUAUGUCUUACUUCCUUUUUUAGAAAAAAGAAAAAAGAAAAGCCAUAUUUGUAACAUUUUGCACAUUACUGUGAAAGUAUAAGAAUAUAAUAUGGCUGUCUGUAAAUAUUAAGUAUGUUAAUUGGCUGAUUUUGCAACUGUUUAGUAAGACCGUUAUCUCAUACUUAGCUUUGUAGGAGAUGCAUGCAUAUCUUCUAAAAUGGAUAUCGUGUGUGUAUAUAUAUAUAAUUUCAGCUAAACUUGUAGCUAGGAAAAAAUCCAAUAAAGCACAACUUUCUGCAGAAAGCUA